UCUAUGGUGUGCAUGUCAGAUGUGUCAACUACUGACAACGAUGUCUGUUGUCACCUUGUGUUAUGUUUAUUCUUUAAAGAGCUUGGUGCAGUUAGGUUUAUUUAAGUAAUGUAAUAUAUUGGUUUGGAAUUAGUUUUACCUAAUAACAUGUUCAGUAAAAAACUUCACGCAGAUGUGAGGAAAUCAACGCAGAAGAUUCAGGAUCUCAAAAAAGACUCUGCAACACGUUUGAAACAUCUAAAAAUUGUUCUCGAAAAUGUGGAUGUAGAAGAAGCAAAAACCUUUUUUGAAAGCAACUUCAGCCAUAUCUACUACAUUUUGUACGACAGCUUUGUAGCUGCUGAAACCAACUUGAGGCAGAGAGAGCUGUCUUUCCACCUUGUGCACAAGGCGCACCGCGAGGAGCUGGAAUGCGUGCUGCACGUGCUGGAGAAGGUUCUGGUGCUGCUCCCGGAGCAGCUGGGUCGCCGCUGGCAGUGCCACAGCCUCUCCCGCCUCGCCUGCAAGCUGCUGCACCCGGGCAACUCCUGGAAGCUGCGCAGGGAGGGCGUGCGGUUUUUCCUGCUGUGGUAUCAAGCGCUAGGUGAUAAUGCACCAGACAGCAUUCAUGCAAUUUUUGCCACACUGGUGCCAGGGUUCCCGUCGCCCAUACCGGGUUGCGGUCUGCCGGCGCUCAGCAGGAACUCCACGUCCGUUUUCCACGACUCGUCUCACGGGCCUGUUAACCCCGUCGAAAUCCAGCCCUUGUUGCCACCGCAAAGCGGUGAGAAGCCACCUGAAGAGGAUGUCUCGAGAUAUUUCCUCGAAGCUCUGUUGGAGUUCAUGGUUACUCAGGUGGUUAAAAUUGAAUGGCGUGAUAAGGUCGGGAAACAGGGGAAAUGCUUCAAUUUUCUUUUUGAAAAGUUUAAACAGUAUUACCUUCCUCACAUCUUCCCUCAGUUUUCACAUGCAACGAGUAUUUACAAACCAGUUCUGGACCUUCCAGAGCUUCGGAAAGCACCACCUGGCGCUAGCAACUCUGCGGAGAGCCCAAGAAAACAGGACCCAUUAAUCUCUUGUAGAGUGGCUGUCAUAAAGUGGGUUUCCAACUACACGCAUGUUACAAAGAAGAGAAUCUUGCAAGUAGCUCACCCUAAUAGCACAAGCAUCAAUCCCAGUGAAGACGCCGAUCACUCGCCUGGCACGGAACUGCGGAGGGUCAGCGUCAGUCAGGCGGGAGCGUCCAAUCACGAUUCUGCAGCACAGGCUUCCGACUCCAAUCAUUCCUCGCUGUUUUCCCACGUGGACGGAGUGAAUCGCUCUUUCAGUGAGGAUCCAAAUGUGGCCACACCGAACCUGGUUCGCGAUGUGUUGUACAGCACUCGUGAAAACGUGGACUUUGUGCACGAGAUCUAUCGGCAAGCAUUUCUUCUCAACUUCACCCAGUCCGAAGCCAUCCGUAAAACAAUUUCGGUUUACAAGGACUGGAUAGUAAUGAAUAUUCCUGAACUUCCACCUUUCAUGUUGGAGCCUUUAGAAAGUCAUAAGGAUGAUGGCUACCGAAGUGGGCCACCUUCUUAUGAGUACUCAUCUAUGGAGGGUGGUGAUGGUCCAGAUUCGUAUCGCAUGACUCGACUCAGGAACGAUUCCUACCUUGGUGCCAUUCACAGAGAAAACCUGCUCGUUAGAGCAGGCCUACAGAACCUGCUGCAAGUGUUCAUCACGUACGCCGCGAACGUGUUCAUGCUGGAAGUGAGCCCGGAGUACCCCAUGUUGCUGGAGGAGCAAGUGGACAUGUGCAAGCGAGUGCUCAACAUAUACCGCUACAUGGUCAUGAACACCAGGAUGGAGUCUCGCACCUGGGAGCAACUUCUUCUUGUGUUACUCCACAUCACAUCUCUCGUGCUGAGUAAGACGCCUCCAAAACGCAAAGAGGAAACUUUGGGAGGGAAGCUGGCACCUGCCAUAUUUCAGACUCUGAUUGUCACAUGGAUUAAAGCAAAUUUGAAUGUGGUCAUCUCAUCAGAAUUGUGGGACCAAUUUCUCAUCGUUCUGUCUUCACUAACACAGUGGGAAGAGCUGAUCAAAGAAUGGGCAAAAACGCUGGAGACGCUGACGAGGGUGCUGGCGCGGCACGUGUACGGGCUGGACCUCACGGACCUGCCCCUGGACCGGCUCACGGAGCAGAAGGCCAAGCGGAGGCGCGGCAACCGGCAGGCGGAGCCGUCGCGGGCGGGCUCCGGCGACGGGGAGGGGGAGGGGGCGCCCGCGGGGCCGGGCCGGGCCUCGCUGCAGUCGCGGUGCCCCGCCCCGCCGGAGGACGGCUCAGAGACGGGCACGGGCUCAUUCCGCAUGCACGAGAGCCCCCGGAAACGGCACGACAGCUCCGGGGACUGCUUGCAAAAGUCUCGCAUUCCUCGAAGUGCCAGCGAGAGUAAUCUGGCGAGCAGCAAGACGGUCACCCACAGAAGAAAAGGUUCGUCACCACAGUCGAGACGCCACGCCGCCGUCACAAUUCCAGUUCUUCCUGUGUCCGUGGAGCAAGGGGUCGCUCGACUCUUGGCGUCGUCUCCCGACAGGCAGCACGUAGCUGAUCUUCCCCAGAGACUGCACAGGAAAUCUCAUUCCAUGGACUCGUUGCGAACCAUGCGAGCUGGGACACCAUUUCAGUAUUCGGAGUCCGAGGGGCCCACGAGAACACCAUCCCCGGCACCUUCGAGCGGGGUCGAAAGCAACUCCAUCAAGGACUCCCCCAUGCAGAUUGAUAUGAUAAGUGCAGAUGGAACAAGCAUAGACCUGCCGGACGGCAGCAGUCUGGAGCGUCGCUCAGUGAUGGCGGGCGGCAGCAUGCGGGGCUGGCUGCCGGACGUGGCGGUCGUCCUCUGGAGGCGCAUGCUGGGGGCGCUGGGCGACGUGAACCAUCUCUCCGACCCCCACCUCCACAGCAAGAUGUUCCAGCACCUCAUCGAGCUGUGGGACAUGCUGCUCAAGAUUCGCCUAAAUCAAGGAGUGUCCAGUGACAAUCAAGUGACUCCUCCGCCUCCAGAUCUCAUACCGCCUCUGAAUAUUAUAGCACCCUGGUGUUUCGAGGCAUUGACGCUACCUGACGACUAUCAUCGGGGAAAGUUGUGUGCGUACAGACUACUGUGCCAGAUGACCUUGACCCCUCAUGACAUUCCCAUGCCUCGCGACCACCUCACACAGUUCUACAAAGUAUUGCAUCAUGGUCUGGUUGGAACGGAUCAGGCUGUGAUUAACACAUUGGUUCAGUUUUGUGGGCCACGUUUUUUCUCGCUCAUGCUUCCUGGGCAUUCGUUACUGCUACUCGAUUUUAUACAUGCUACGAACACUAUUGUUUCAUCGUCAGAUUUGAGAGAGAUGCCGCGAACUGAGGCAGCGUCCAUCCUGGGUGCCUUGCUGUGCCUGCCGACCACGUUCUCUCACCUGCCUGUCCUUCAGCCGAACGGCUCCGAAUUUGUGGUCAUGUCUUGCAACGAUGCCAAGGACCACAUCCUCAGCGUGCUGCUGAAGUGUGGCAAGCGAGAGCCAGCGGGGCUGGCCCGCUGCAUAGCACUGUCGAGCCUGGGCAUCUACCUGUACCACGAGCUGUCCCACGAGACCUUCCACCCCAAGAUCAAGGAUGCAGUGAACAUCUUGCUUCUCGCGUUGAGGUUCAACCACAAGACUGUUGGUCAAGUGGCUUCAGAUUUGCUGCUGCUACUCUGUGACCACGCAGACAAACUAUUGGAACAUUAUUCUGAGAUUCCGCCUAAAAUAAUAGAGGUGCUGGCACUGACGCUGUCCAGCCUGGUUCCCCCGUCAGGGGCGUCCAUCACAGAGCGAGACAAGCACCUCCUGACCUCGCUCAUGUUCUGCCUGGGCGAGUGGUGCAUGCGCGUCCCCACGUCCUGUCUGCUCGCCUCCCAGGGCAGCUCCUGCCUCCUCCUCACUGUGUUCAAGGUGCUGAACAAGCUGGCGGGGGGGACGCGGCGCCCCGGGAGAGGACGCCCAGGCGUCCCAGCCGGACCUGGGGCAGGACUUCGACCCCAGCAUCCAGCUGGACAACCUGAAGGAGGGGGGCAGCCCCCCGCGUCGGGGCGGCGGGGCGCCGCGGCGGGCCAGGCGUCGCCGGCCCACGGCUCGCAGUGCUGGCAGUCGGUGCAGCUGGCCGCCGGGACGGUGUUAAUGCAUCUGGUGAACCACUUGGGCCAUUUUCCUAUGGGAAUCGGAGCAGCGCGGUUGUCGUCCAUGGUGGUGGAACACGACGACGUUCCGGGGCUCUUUACUGAUGAACUUAGUGCUGAGGUGUUUUCUGCCCCAAAUAUCCAGCUGUUUGUGCUGAGCAACAGCCUGCUGAUGUCGCUGGUGGAGCUGCCCGCGCUGGAGGUGCCCGGGGGAGGGGUCACGGCCGGCCUGAGGACGGCCCACUCCCAGGUGCGCAUCAUACUGCGGGACCUGCGGGGCAAGGCCUGCUGGGACGCGUCCAUCCUCUACUGCAGCCCGGAGGACUCGGUCGCAGAAGAGGGCACAGAAUCCAACUAUUUCCUGAAACCAGUUCUGGGCCCAGGGAAGAUCGAGGAUACGCUUAUGUCAUCAAGUUUUAUUGGUGGCAUGGCUCCCAGCUCGCCUCCGCAGCAUACACUACGUCACCGGCCUCCAGAUGUCCUGCCAACUUGGGACAAUGGCGCUGAAGAUAUGGACAACUUAGAUGAUCUGCUCCAGUACAUCGGCCACACGAGCCCGGAGUGCCUGGAGGACCUGGACGUGCCUCGCAACAUCCCGGCGGCCCCUCCGCUGCCGCUGACGAGGGAGGCGGAGGAGGACACCAUCACGACCGUGUUGAACCAACGCACCGCAGAGCAGGAGCACGCCCACAAGCACGCGGCUGACGUGUCCAUGCUUGCGGAGAGGUGCUCGGCGACGCCCCACCUCCCGGCCCUCUCCCCCUUCCAGCACUGCCGGCUGCUCUUCUCGCAGCUGGGGCUGGCCGGCUGGGAGCACCGGGCACAGCUGCACCUGCUCGCCAAGAACGAGAAGCUGCUCCGCGAGCUCAGGAACCUCGACACCCAGCGAUGUAGGGAGACGCACAAAAUAGCAGUCAUCUACGUGGCAGAAGGUCAAGAAGACAAGAAUUCUAUUUUGUCCAACACAUGUGGAAGCCAUGCUUACGAACAAUUCAUAGCUGGACUGGCCUGGGAGGUGGAGCUAGAAUCUCACACAGGUUUUCUUGGUGGUCUCCAGCGAAACAAAAGCACUGGGGAAACUGCCCCAUAUUAUGCGACUUCGUUUGUUGAGGUUAUAUUUCACGUUUCCACCAGAAUGCCGUCUUCUAACCAGGAAUCUCUGUUGCAGAAGACUCGGCAUUUGGGUAACGAUGAAGUGCACAUAGUGUGGUCAGAACAUUCAAGAGACUACCGACGUGGGAUAAUACCAACGGAGUUCUGCGAUGUACUGAUCGUCAUAUACCCUCUCAUGAAUGGGUUGUUUAGAGUUCAGGUGUCAAGGAAAUAUGAGAUUCCGUAUUUCGGCCCACUUUUCAAUGAAAGCAUUGUUGAUGCAAAAAUUCUCCCGGGAUUGGUGCGGGCUACUGCCAUCAAUGCUUCGCAUGCCAAAAGGAGUAUGCUGCCAUUUUAUCAGAACUACUACGAGGAGAGAGCCAAGUCCCUCGAGACUGUAGUCCGCAACCACAAAGAGCCGACGACGUUUGAAGAGUUCGCAGCGCAGGUUUACUCUCCCGUGCAGCCGGCAUCUCCUUUCUAUCCCGGACCAAUCCGUGCGUCAGGGACCUCGCUGAGCUCGCGUUGCCCGGACGCUGACUGCCCGCCGGCGCCCAGCUCCAACCUGGCCGCCGCCCUCCUCGACUCCCACCACCACCACCACCACCGCUUCAGGUUCGGCCAGGCCCCGGGCCCCGACGGCCGCUUCAGAGGGAACGAGUCGGGGCUGGCGGACGGGAGCCUGCACGGGAUAUCGCCUCGCCCGCUCAAGAAGCUGUCCUUCAAGACGACCGCCCGCAAGUCCCUGUCGGUGAGGCCGGACUCCAUCUCCAUCACGCCGCCCGACAGCCCCACCCUGCGCAAGUCGAAAUAGCUAGAGUGCGAGCGCGGGGGCGACGAGCUGCAGUUGCUCCGUGGGGACUGGAACAGUGCGUGCUGCUCCGUGCCAGGGAUGGACCUCGAGGUGGUCGGCUACAACUGCUCGUGGAGAACGCUCAGCACCGUCACGUACGAGGUGAUCCUCUUCUUUCGGAAUCUGUUCCAAGAGCGCGAGGAGAAUAAGGACGAGCGUGCCGCAUAGCCGCACCUUUGUGUUUCGUAACAUCCAGUCAUUCAUGCUCUACUCGGUAUGGUUAGCAUGCAGGGUGGAACAGAAAAAUUCAACACUGCAGUGUUUUAUGAGGUGUAACUUAUAACUAACUGUAAGGCCAAUUUGUAUCAUUAGAAGCAAUUUUUUAAUACUACAGAGGUUGGUUGCAAAUAUUCUUGGUAUGUGUUUUGGUCUAUUCGAAUCAUUGAUAUAUUAUGUGCUAGCAAUUUAAAAGUCUAAUGAAAAUGGAAUGGUGUAUCGAUUGUGAUAAUUUUUAUUUUAUUUAAGGCAGUGUUUUUUUGAAGCAUGAACGUGGUUUUGGUAUCCUAUACAUGUAUUGGCACCAUUAAUGUAAAUGAAGUUCAUUACUAAAGGGUUGAUUAUUUUUGGAAAAAAUAAUGCUUGGCUAAAACUCUAAAAAAAUUCAUCAGAAGGAUUCAGAGGAAAAAAGGUCUUUCUUACCUAAAUCUAAGUUUUGCUGUUUGUGACUAAACACUUUAAUUUUUGUUAAAAAAAGUUUUCAUUGCUGACACAAGAACUGCCUUGAAAUAUCAUGACUAAGGUCACUUAAAAUGCUUUCAUAUGUGAAAUAUGUUUUUGUUAUUUCAUUGAUAAUUUUUUAAACUACUUCUGUAGAAUUGGUUUCGUCAUGGUUUGGAAACAUAUUUAAUAUACAUGUUCAAUGUAAAUGAAGAUAUACAAUUUUUGUUUGUACUGUUAACAUUCUUGUGAAGCAAAAGGAUUUACAUUAUGAAUUAAUUUUGUCUUGUAAUGAAGGCUUAUGAACAUCAAUUGAAUGCUUUUGUUAUUGCAAAGUGAUUAGUCUGGGUUGAAGCCUCGUCUUGUGCUAAGUCAUUAAUGCUUGAAAUUUCAGCAAUUUUUGUUAACUCUCUCAUCAACAAUAGCUGCAGCAAGACAUGCUGAGAUUUCAGCUUUUAAGAACUCAACCUGAUAUGUUUUCUCGACCCAGAAGCUUGUAAACUUUAGGAACUCUUAAUUUGUUUCACUUGUUGCUUUCAGUAUCUAGCCAUCAAAAAAUAUAUUUCUGCUGUAAUUACUCAGCUGAAUUUUUUGAUCUAAAGAGGAAGGUUCUCUGGCACCUUGCGAUUAAGUAGCAUUAGCACUUGGCCUUAAAGAGAGCUCAAGUUAUAAACGAGUCUGUCGUAUGCAUGCUCGCCAGAACAGAUGAGCAGUUAUGAACAUGUACUGCUGCUUCAAAGUUACACAAAGUAGUAUUUCCAGUAACUUGAAGAUGUUUGGUACUUUUCUACUCAUUGUUUAAGUAUUAAUUUUUAUUUUUAUGAGAAAAAAAAAUUAUAUGUUUCAUAUAUUUUCUAGAGUUAGUUUACAUUCAUACUUUAAAGUUUAAAAAUUUUGGAAACCCACCCAAAAUAGAACUAAAUUGAAUAGAACUGAAAUAGAACUGAAAUUUUUCAAGUUGAAAGUCAUAGCUGACAUUAUUAUACCUUCUUGGACACACAAACAACCCCCCCCCCCCUUUUUUUUUAUUAAAAAAAAACAUAUACUGUACUUUUAUUCUAAGAGAAAUUGUAAUUAUCUCGUAAGUAGCAAGUAACAUGACUUACAAACAAUAAAAUUAAUGUUCACUAUUUCAUUUUGUUCUUAUAAGUGAUAGGUUCCUGACAUGUUAAAUACACAACUUUGCUGCUAAACAAACAUUCUCAGAGCAUUGUAACUGGUGGAAGGUACAAAUAUUUAGUAUUGAUAGCUUCUAUAAAGAUAAAUAAUAUAGUCAUCAAGUACACAGGUGUUAUUUGACUUUCUGGAUUUCUCUUCCUCAAAUAUUUUUUUGUAACGGCUGAUCUUCCAUGCCGUUGUCGGGUCCUGGUCACUGUGCUUCCACACAAUGCUACCGCCCCUGGUUUGCCGCUCGCCCCCAACUUCACUGGGAAAAGGGAGGGGGGUGUGCUAGUUAUCGGGAGCUGCCGAAACGAAUGAAAUCAUAGAUGCACGGCACGUUUCCAAUCCCUUUAUUCACUUCACUACUAUGCAGUGAGCAUCGCGUGUGUCAUGCCACCGUGGGUCCACCGCGCGUUCUCCUCUCUCGGCUCUCUCCUCCACACUCUCCUACACUCUCCUCCACUCUCCUACACUCUCCUACACUCUCCUCCACACUCUCCUACACUCUCCUACACUCUCCUCCACACUCUCCUACACUCUCCACACUCUCCUACACUCUCCUCCACACUCCCCUACACAAGGACCCACCUCCCUCGCCACUUCGCCGACGCCACAGUUUUGCGUCGCCAGCCAAUGGCGUGCAGGGACCUACCGGGUGGGGCUUCACAAACGAACCACUAGGUCCACACAAGACCUUACAAUCUUCUAAUUUUUUUCUAGAAUAUCAAAUCUUUUGAAAUCAAAAUUGGAUGGUAUUUAAGGUUGUUGAUUAUUUUACUGGUCCAGCCGUAUUAUUUAUCCAGCAUUAGAAUUUGACUGCAAGGUUUUAAUGAAAUGUAACACUUGGUUUAUUGUUGAGUAGAAAAAAUUUGAAAGUUUCAUUUUCACUUAAAUGACUUUUGAGAAAUGUGUGGUAUGCAGAUUUGUUGAAUGAUAUUGAUGGUGCAAGCAUUGGAUUCCAGAUGCUGGUCAAUUUCUUUUAAGAUUUGCAAAAAAAAAAAAAAACUUAAAAACACAAUCUCCGAUUCAAUUCAAUUAUUGUAAGCAUCAGUAGCAUAAAUUUCAACGAAAAAUAAUUUUAGAGGUUCAUUCAUGCUAAGCCUUUGUGUGUGACCAUUUGGUGUAAAAUCCUCUUUCUUGAACAAUUUUUGACCAAAUUGGUUGUUUCUAAUGUAAAGUGAUUGUCCAUAAAUUUGAAAGGCAAACCCCACCCACUUGAUGUACAAAGAGAGAUUAUUCAUGGGUUCAUGCUCCAACGAGUGUUCUGGCACAAGGAUACAUCAGCGGCCGGACCACUGCCUGUCAGUAAACUCGGGUUGGUCACACUGUUUUGAUUGGUUAGGAGGUGUUGGUUGCUCAUAAUUUUCAAGAGUUAUCUUGAGCAACACACUUGUUAGGCCUACUACACUACUACUUCAAGUGACGUUACAUUUUAUUUUCAUAGGUUAAGUCUGUAUGCAUGUAACUUAAAAUAAGGAUAAGUAAAAAUUAAAAUAAUUGGUGACAUAACCAUAUUUACAUUGGUAACGUUUUGAAUGGUGGCAACAAGUUCACUACCUGUUCCUUGCAAUCUCUGAUUUACCCCAUUUUUUAUCACAUCGGGAACUAUAAAGUGUCUUACAGGCAUUUUUAAAGUUCUUUUUUACUUGUGGACUUGAAAUAAAAUAGUGAGGAAUUUGUUUUUGUGACCUGGCUAGUGGUUCAUGCCAUUCUUGCUGUAGGUACCUAACAAGACUGGUAGAGAGCAGAUUUCUUGCUGUUUGAUGUGGUAAAGCUGUUGUUUUGAAAGAAUGCCUUUAAGUGGCAAAUUAAAAUUUUUAAGCAUUUCUUUUGUCAGAAAUAUAUAUUUACCUGGGCAAGAGGAUCUCUAAUUUUGCAAAGUUUUGUUUAUCUUUAUUUUACUAGUUUUUUUUUUAUCACAGAAACAAAGUAAGCCUUAUCAAAGUUAUGUUCAACCAUUUGAGAAAAAUUUAAAAAUAAAAUAAUACAUGGUAAAAUCUAAAACGGCUAGAUUCAAAAGUUGAAUUAGAAUACUAAGUAAAACCAGAAACAUCUGAUCUCUAAUUAUUGAGUUAAAAUAUUUUUGUGAGUAGUAUAUCAUGUUCUUCGAACUCAGAAAGAGUUUUUGUAAAUUAUACUGCUAUAUUUUGCUCUAAUAAUCAAGUGAAAAUAGUAUGAAAAAUAAAGUUUUAAACCCGUAUAGUAUCUUUAAUAGAAUGAUUUAGUUUCAAAACCUAUAUUUUUAUAUUAAUUUGGCUUCAGUUUUAGUAGUAGUUUAUCUUAAGUUGAAAUAAAUUACAAGUUGAUUUCUUUUGUCUGAAGAUCAAACAAAAAUGUAGCUUAUAUUGCUUCUAAGUUUUACUGGAAGUUUAUUUUGUUAAGUUUGGAAAAAUGUUUUGUUUUAACUACCAGUAUAUGCAAUACGUGCAGAAUAAAUAGCAUGCAGUAAUGUUGUACAGCAGAGUCCUGCUAAUCUGGACUAGAUGGGACCAGACCCUGUCCGGAUCACCAAAAGUUUUGGAUUAAAAGGGGCGCCAAUGCAAUAGUACAGGUUUUAGAUGGCUAAAACUAUAAAAAUAAAUUAUUUUUAUUAAUAGAACUUUUCCUACAGCUCAGUAUUAGUCUUAAUACUACCAUAGAUGUAGACCUAUGUUUUUUUCCCUAUACAAAAAUGAUUGAUUGUACAGUGCAGUGAAUCCUGCUUUUUUUUUGUUUUAUUUUUUAUUUUUAAAAUCCUGUCCGAAUUAUUUGAAUGUCCAGAAGAGAGGGGUCCUCAUUAGUGGGGCACUGUACUUAAAAUUUAAUGAGUUAUCUAUUCAAUAAUAAACAUUUGUAGGAAAGUACAUUCAAAACCAAGCAACAUAUGAGAAGUUAAUCAGUUUAAAGUUAAAGUAACUCAUCUGGUUAUAUGACAUUAUUACACCAUGUUAAAACACAUUACGGCUAUGGUUUUCUUUGUAAUUAUGAACAGAAUGUAUUUUUUUUUGUUGCAUUUUAACAAAAACAUGUUGACUGUUUUAUGGCACUAUUAUAUAAUUAUAUUCCAUGUACGGGAACAAUUUAACUUAAGAACGUGCUGUUUGUGUGUUACGUUAUGAACAGUGGUUUUAUUAAGUGUGUGAUAUUAAUAUCUGUAUUAUUUUUAGUAAUAACAGCAUUAUAUCUGUUUAAACUCAUAUUUUUUUUUAAUCUAUUUGUGUAGCUUGUUUAUUUAAUUAAAAGUAAUUUCAGGUAUUAAAUACAAAAUAUUUGUAUGCAGGAAUUGCAUUAUGUUAAUUUAUUUUAUAACGUACCUUUAGGUCACAGGUUUUUGCCGCAUCUGUCGGCUCAAUCUGUAAAAAUUGUAAUAACAAAACAAUAAAGCUGCCAGAGAAGACUUUGUUGAGUGGGAGAAAUAUUUGACCUAAUAUUUAGUUUUUGCAUUGUAAUAUAGUUACCGUAAAAUGGGGUGAAUAGGAACAGUUUCCAACUUCAAGCACAAAAAAGUAACUAUAUUCACAAACAUAUAUAAAUAAAUUUAUGCCAGAAACUUAGGUCCUUCCUUCUUCUUGCAAUACCAUAAGCAAUAAGUGUUCUUUAAAAAUUCCUUUUGUUAAUUAUUAAUUUUUUUAACGGUGUUCCCAUUCACCCCACAAAGAGGGGUGAAUAGGAACAACAAUUUGAAUUCAUCUUUGUUCAUAUUCAAACAUUAGUAGGGCAAAUAGGAACAGGUUGUAAUUGUUAGACAUGAACGGGAACACACUAUUAAUUGAAUAUAAAACAUUUUAAUACGAAAAUACAAAUUUUUAUGAAAUUUCAACUUAUAAAUACACAAAAUAUACCCUUUUCAUUUUACAUCAUCAUAAGUGUUACGAAAAAUAUUGUUAAUACUUAGAAAGAAAUACAUUUUCUACUGAGUAAAUCAUACAAUUUCAGAAAUGCACAUUGGUACCUACCAGUUCUCUCCACAUAAAGAGAGAAUUCUUAUUUGAAGAACAGUAAGCUAACUGUAUCUAAUACAGAAAAAGAUCACUGAGAUCAUUUUUAAAACUAAUCAUAUUUUUGAAUCUGGAAGAUGCCUUUUCUGUGUCACUAAGUUGUAAUUUUGUGACAAUGUCUUCGGAACUGAAAAAUGCCUCUUCAUCUGUUGGGAAAAAUCUACAUGUUUGAGGGUUCCUUUUGUAAAAGACUCCUACGUAACCAUCAUCUUCUGGAUGCAUUACUUUGCAGACAUAGAGUCUGAAGACAUUCUUUGAUUUCCCGUACACUUUAACCACCAAAUAGUCUCCUGGAUGAUGAACAGUUGUCGAUACCGGUGUGACAUGACUAACAUGAGUUCCCAAACGUGGUUCCUCUUCAGAAUUUGUUUGCAAUGUGUACUCAUCACUUUCUUGUACACAAUAAUCUGAGUCAUCAGAUGAUGAUGAUUCUGUGAUUACUGGAAUUUUGGUCUUCUUUGUGGGGGCCCCUCCAGCAAGCUUUCUACCAUUUGUUUCUAGUCCUGAGGGUCCUGGUUCAGACACAACUGCAGAUUCUUCAAAGUCUUUCACCUCCAUACUUUUGCCAGGAAUAACCGUAACUCUUCUUCUCUUCUGUCGGGUUUUGGGAGAGUCAGACUGCCGUAAGCUCUUCAACAGCUCUUUAAAAGUACUGUCUAUGGCUUGCACUGCUGGGGACUGUUGAGUUGAUUGAGUUUCGCUCUGGGCGCUGCUGUCAAUGCUUGGUAACAUCUGAAGGACUUUGUUCCGACAUAAAGGCACAAUGCCACACUUUCUGAAACCAGAUCGUACAUUGUCUUCUUUAAGUGUGCUAACCAACUUCUUUAACAAGCCAGGAAAUUUGUCUUUGGGUACAGAUGCCUCAUUUCGGCCUGGUCCCUUCUUCCAUUCUUCCAAGAUUUGACGCCAUGAAUUCUUCAUGGGUCUGAAGAACGCAACAUCGAGAGGUUGUGUGAGGUGUGUAGAGUUUGUGGGUAAAAAUAUGAAUUUGAUGUUGUUAAUGUUGCAGAGCUGUAUGAUGUCAACUGACAGAUGAGAUGCUAAAUUGUCCCCAAUCAAGUAUUUUGUCCCAUCAAGUUUCUUCAAAUAGGGUAUGGCGAUUGUCUCCACCCAAUCACUGAAACAAAAACUAUCGAACCAACCAGAUUUGGUACGGUUGUAUCUUGAGUUUUGUGGUCCACCUACCCUCCAACUGUCGUACAAAUGUUGUGCUCUGUACACGACAUAGGGAGGCAAGAUUUUCCCAUCUCCACUUGCCGCGAACAUGACUGAAAUGGAAGCUUUGGAAGAGUUCAAUACACGUUCAGGGUAUUUACAACCCCGCCUGAAAAUUAAUUUACGCUUUCCAGGAUCAUCACUCAAAUUGGUUUCAUCGAAAUUGAUGAUAUGAGUAGGGGAAACAUUCAUCAACUCUUUCUCCAGUUCAUCAAAGUAUUUAGAUAUGACAUCAUGUGACACUGCUGCCCUGGCCCUUUUAAUAUUCUGGCACAUCCGAGCUGACAGAGCUUCUUUAUGACGCUCUAAAAAUGAAUAAACAAAAUCGCGACCAGGUGUAUUGUCUUUGAAUCUGGGCACAUUCUUUCCCUGUCGCUCAAGAAAAUCUUUUACAAUUAAUCGCAAGGUAAGCGAAUCUAGGGGAUAUCCCCAUUCAGCACACACUUGGAGACGAUCAACCAAUAUUUUCUCUUCCUCCUCACUUAAAACUGUCUGUCCACCUUUUUUUUUUAUUUUAUCUCCUUUCUUAACGUGUCUGUGCAACACUGUCGUUGGAAUGUUGUAUUUUUGUGAGCACUUUCUAUAAGAAAGACCAUUUUGAAUGUGCGUAACAGCCAACUUGAGAAUAUGUGGUGGGCAAUCUGCAGUGUUGUUAAAAGUACUCGGAAAAAGUAAUUGGGCUCAAUUACAAUUACUGUGGUGAUAAUGUAACUAAUUACAAGUAAAAAUUACUUUAUAUAGAAGUAAUCAGUAAAAUUACAAUUACAAUUACUUUCCACUACCAUUUUAAAACUGACCUAGGAUUCAUUUUUUUACACCUUCUUACAUUAAUAAACAUACAUACAUAUAUGUUUUGUUAAAAAAAUGAUUUCAUGUAUUGAUUACAUUUAUUAUCUUUAAUUAAAUGAAUAAUAUUUGAGUACAAACUUGCUUGAAUAACAUCAAAAGACUUCAUACAAGUAGCUACCUGUAAUAAAAGUAACACUCUUCAAAUUUUGGAAUUGACCUUACAAAACAAUUGCAUUUUAAAGUUCUCAUCAGCUAGAUUCCCUCUCUUGAAGGCAAAAACAUCUUUACCAACACUAAAAAGACGCUCAACGGGAGCACUUGACGGUAGCGAUGUGUUAAAUUUUAAAAAUGCAGAUUUUAGGAUAGGGUAAUGUUGGAGACACUGCAAGUCACUAUGGAUCUUCAUUUUUGAUCAUAGAUGAUGUGCAUACGAUCGUAGCACUACAAGCGUAACAUUAUAAACUUUACUAAUACAAAAGUGUACCUAUGAUCUUCUUGUUCUUAAUUGUAUUCAUUAUACGUUCCGAGAAUAAAAGUAACGGCAAGUAAAUAUACAGUAUCGAUUACCUUAAUGUAUCGAUUACAAUUAAUGUUAUGUAUUCCGAUUACAAGUACGAAUUACAUUUUUUAAAUGUAAUUCGUUACAAGUAUAAAUUACUUGAAAAGUAAUCGUUACAAGUAAUCCGAUUACUUGUAAUUCGUUACUUAACAACACUGGCAAUCUGCAUGCUUACGCUCAGUAACUGGUUGAUAUUUUCGUGGCAUUGUUUAGGCACACGUCAUAAUCUGCAACAAAAACAAAAUACAAACUGGUACGUAAUAUCGGGAAUAUAUUUCAGAGUAUAUAUUUUUACUCUAUGGUAAGGAAACAACCUACAAACAUGUUCUAUACAGAGUGGGGUGAAUAGGAACACUCUUCUUCAGUGUUCCUAUUCACCCCACAGUUACAUAAACAUAACCUCACAAAAACAAAAUGUUAGCAUCACAUGUUUGAAAAGAAAAAAUAUAUAUAUACAUAAGAAAAAUUUUAAAUAGACCUUAGGUUAACACAAAAUAAGUUACAUUAAAGGUAUAUAAAGUGUAGUAUUAUACUUACAGAUGAAGUUUUGGGGAAUAAAUAUUUCAUAGAAUCUAGAGCACAAAAUUUACAGCUGUGUUAUUUGUUACUCAGUGGUACCAACAGUGUAAAAUAUAAUUUCUCAUCUUAGUAUCAUGUUAGCAAACUGACAAAAAAUUAACUCAAAGACAUUGCACUGCAAUUAUGCUUCACAUGAUUUUUUUUAUAUUUACAUGAAGUUUUGUUCCUUUCCACCCCACUGUUCCUAUUCACCCCAUUUUACGGUACAUUAAAUGCUAAGCAAUUUGCUUGAAGUGUGUUUCAGCAGUAAAUAAAUGUCGUUGAUAUACAUUAUAUAAUUGCAAACUAAAGUAUUUUUGUUAACCUGUAUUUGUGAAAAAACACUUUAAAAUACAUUUGCUUUUUGUUUUUGUGUUUCAGAGAAAACUUGUAAGUAGUCUUUAUUAAAUAAUAUUUUUUUUGAGGGUUGCUGUUAGUCUAUGAUCUAAAACAUCUGCAGACUUUAAAGCUAGAAAAACUUGGAAAUAUCUAAACAAUACGUAUUUUCCUCAUCAUAAUUGUUUUUAUUGUUUUAAGAUCAUUGACUUGCAAUUUUGAUUUAUAUUUCAAAACAUACGUAGUUGAAUUUUUGUUUUUUCCCCCCUAUCCACCAUCCACCAUACUUCUUUUCAAGGUAUGUAUGAUCUUUCCUUAGGCCAGAUUGAAAUUCAUUCAGAUUUUUUGAGUUUACAAGUAGAUGGAGUUGAUUACAAAUUAUUUGAGUAACAACUGCAGAAAAAAGGUACAUUUAAAAAAAUCUUACCCUUGAAUCUUAUUUUCCAUUUUAUAAAGAAAGUUUUUUGCCUGGUUUUUACUAAUUUACAGUAAAAUUCCUUAUGUAUUCCAGAGAAGUGUGUUGCGAAACAAAGUAACUCCACAAUAAAAUUAUGUGUGUGGCAUUUGUUACUCUGGUAUCAAAAUAUUGCUGUCACGUCCUUUUGACAGGAUAUCUGCUAGCAUUUCUUUUUGGCCGGGAAAACCACUCCUUUUCUUUAACUCUUAAAAAAAAAGAAGUAAUAGUUAAGGUUUUUUUUGUUUGUUUUACACUUAUUUUGUACUUAAUUUAAAAUCUUGAAUAUUUUUGUUUUAACAGUGUACAGUAAAGAGCUUAAUAUGUAGGGGAUAAGUAGACAACUCACAAGUUAUAACUCUGUUCCCUAAAAGUUUUUUUUUAAUACAUUGGUGAAAAGACUGCAUAUUUUUUUAUAAAUUUUUUUUAAUAUGCUUUUGUUUUUACUAACAAAAUUUGUACUUUAGGGUCUCCCAAACUGUAAAAGAAAAAAAUAAAUGUUUAAUUGGUUUUUGUAAGUAUCCUUACAAGACACAUAAAGAUAAACUACCCAACAGCCAAAUUAAACAUUGCUGUUGAUACUUUUUCGUUAGUUUCGGUUAAGUUGUGACAAUAUUAAAUACUUUUGCCGUCUAUUCGAAAGACUAUUACAAAUGUGUACAUGCCUCGGGCAUAGUCCAUGUGCUGACAUGUUGCUGGCUGAAACUCUGUGUGUAUUUUAUUUAUGGAGUGGCUGUACGUGUAUGUUGGUUGUAAUAGCAUGGAAAACUAAUAAACUUUACAUAAAUUAGAAUCUAGGAACAUUUGUAAAGAUCAAAUCACGACAGUCACUAUAAAGCAGUAUAUAUUUACUGUAUGUAUAUGUGCUGUAGGUUCACAAUAUGGCUUGUUCAUUAUGACUUGAAAAUAUGUGAUUAUUAAAAUGUUAAUAAUAUCUGAUAAUCAAAAGCCAGUGUGUUUGGUGCUAUUGACAGGUACAACAAUUACUUUAUAGUGAAAAGAUUAUUUACUGUAGAAAAUAAUCCUUACAGUUAGUUAGUCAGCUGCAAGAACUAACUCCAUAGUAUAAAGCAUCUUUUUUUUUUGUCAAGCAGAUAAAAGGCAAGGUUUAUGACAUGCUAAAACUUUAUGCUAUGGCUAGACUGAAAAUUAUGAUCAGUUUUUUCUCCCCUUUAUCAAUGUUAUGUUCAAGACUGCAGAACAGUGUCUCUCAUUCUGUCUCUUCCCUAUUCUUGCAUAAUAUUUUCUUCCAUGAUGUAAGUAAUUUUCAUUGUCUGUCCAAAAAAAAAAAGUAUGCAGCAUUCUCAUAGUAAUAGCUUAUCCUUAAAAAUUAUUUUAUUUUAAUACAUCUGAAAGUAUUGAACAGAAACAUGUUGAUAAUUAAUAUUAAGAAAUCACCCAAUAACAUUUUAGUUGCAAGUGAAGUAAUAUUUUGAGAGAAAAAAACUGAAAGUUUAAAAAAAUAUUUAUUUACUACCCAAUGACCAGAAAAACAUUUUUUGGUGCAUAACACAUGUUGCAUGAUUCUGCAGUUUGUGAGUGUGCAGUGCACAUGGCCAGUGUGAACCAGUAUGUAGUGACAAUUGUGAGUCUGCAAAAUAUCAUACAAUGUAUCAGCUAUUUGCAAGAACAAAAUUUGCUGCAAAAAAUUAAACUGGUAAUAAUGACAUUAGUGAUGGCUCAGGCAAUUGUCUUUUUUGGCCUGUCAUCUGGUGUCGCAAGGGGGCCGAAAAAAUCUUGGCACAUUUUACACAAGCAUGCUUUUACUAUCAGCUUUUAUCUCCUCUUGAAUAAAAAAAUAAAUAAAAAAACAUAAAUGAUGCAUUCUACAAUUGCAUGAUACAAUUGUAUUUUACCCCCCAAUUCACUUAACAGAACAAGUACGUUUUUGCGGCCAGGCUAUUGGAAGAGAGAGAAAGUAAUUGCUAGUAGCUGCUUACCCUGUAAACAAACAGUUAUUCCUUCCAACCAGAGACAUUGUUAUCUCCUCCUUCCCCCUUUUUUUUCCAUCCACUAACCAAGAUGCAUUCUUCUAAUGGGUAUUGAGUGCUAUUAGCAAAGGAGAUAUGUACUUGCACUACAAAUAUUUUAGAUCAUACUAAUGUUUGUUAAAAUUAUGAAAUACAGCAAGAUACUGUGUACCAAAUUUUAAGACUAUUUACUUGGUGUUGAAUAGUUACACAUUCAACAGAGACAAAGCAAAAUUUGUUGACAUAGUGUUUCAGAAUUUGCACACCAUGUUUUUAAGUUUUUUAAAAGGUGCUUAGUUCAUCUUUCAAAUGUAGUUUCAUAUUUAAGUAAAUCUUUCUGUUGUAAAAUUUAUUUUUGUUUUACAAUUUUGGAGUUUUUUAUUUACAAACAGUGACAGUUGUUUAACCAUUGUUUUCACUUAGUGUUAGUGUGUGGCAUACAGGACGUGCUGAAUGACAUAUCCUUGGAAUUUUUUCAUGUAGAAUAAUAUAUAAGCUAUCUUCAAUUUCAUCUUUGUCUUUGAUUCCAGUUGAGAAAAAAAAAAGGUCUUUGAACACCACUGUGUUGGUAAACAGUGCGGAUGAUAACUAAAAACCGAGAAUCGAUUUUUAAGAACUGGAAUGGAGCCAAGAACCAGGAAAAAAAAAAGUGACUGACACUUCUAAAUGGUGUCAUUUUGAUGUAGUUUACAUAAAUGAAAAUUCAAAUUCAUAGAUCCAUAGUUAGUACACGACAACAUUUUACGUUGGUAUAUACAAAUAUUUACUCAUUUGCCUUCAUGCAGUAGCUGCAAUGCUGAGCUCAUGGACUCUUCGUUUAUUUAGAUCUUCAUCAUAACUGUUGACAUGUGGUGUUAGUGUGUGUGAAAAUAUUAAACAGUUUCUGAAAUUAUCAUUUUCAUAUGUAAUAUGACUGCGUUAACAAAUUAGAGUGUGUUUUUUGUCAUGAUCAAUUGCUGAAUGUAAUUGUGGUUUAGCACUGCAUGCAUUACAAUUUAACCCGAUAGAAAAUAUUCACAUUCUUCUGUGGCAGGGUUGCAGAGAAAGAGUGGGAGAGAUCCUAUUUUUUGUUAAUGACUCAGCACUUCCAAGUCCAAAUUUUUGCCUGUUUCUAAUGACCUCGAUGUCAAAAAGAUGUUAAAACCCUAAUUUAUUAAUUGACUCUGUAUUCAUUUUCUGGUUGCAGCUGAUUAACAAACUGUUUAUUAAAACAUUACACUGUCACUUUUUUUUUUGUGAUUGCUGAUCUUUUAUAUUGUAUGCUUGCUUCUUAGUAACAUUAAUUUUAGCACAAAUUUUGCUUCCAAUAAUUUAUACAUAUUACUUGAUGAAACUAUUGAACUUUUACUAUGUAUUUCAUUGUAUUGUGUGAUAUUGGAUGUAGAAGGAAAUUGCUGCACUAUUUUGUUGGCAGAUUAUUGUGCCAUUUUUCUUGUCUUAUUCUUUACAAUAAUGUUGUUCCUAGAAGUCUUCAAUGGUAAUUUUAUCUCUUAUUCACGUGAUACUGAUAUAUAAAAAUGUACAAAAGUAUGUUAAAAGGACUUGUAAAGUGUUGAUAUGCAUUCUCAUGCGAAGCAUUAUCACAAAUUCUCGUAAUUUUAUUUCUUUUAACUUUUAAUGUUCCUGCAGGCAGAAUUUCUCAAUGCUUGUAUUUGCUGCAAAAUAAGUUAGACAUAAAUGUUCUACCUUAUAAAAGGGUGUUAGUGUGUUAAUUUUUGUAAGUAUUUUACAUGGGAUCCUUAUUUUCAUGCAUUUUUAAGAACGAAUUGAUGUACUUAAUUAUGUACUCUCUGUAGCCAACUGUUGUGCAAUUUGUUGUUGUUUAAUUAUUUUCUAAGCUGCUAAUCUCGUGUUUUUCCAAAUGUACAUAAAUCUUCUCGUAUUUGUAUGAAUGUAUACAAACAUCUUUUCUUAUGAUGUACAUAUACAUUACAGAAAAAUUAAAUAAAUUAUAUCAUGUGUUAA